GAGAGAGAGAGUGAGAGAGGGAGAGGGAGAGAGAGAGAGAGAGAGAGGCGGCUGGUGACGUCACAUUCCCUGCCAGGUUACCGCAGGUCACUCAGGGAAGCUGGGUCACGCGAGGCCGUCAGGAGGUGGUCAGGUCACGCCCCCGAGCUGGUCAAGACUCCCAGAUGACCUCCACCAGCGACCUGACCCCGAAGUGACCUCCCCGCCCCGCCCCUCCCCGCUCCUGCCCCGCCCCGCCCCGUGACCCGCUGACCCCGUGACCCCAGACAUGACGGGGUCGCAGAGAGUGGUCCUGCUGGCCUGCGGCUCCUUCAACCCCCCCACUAAUAUGCACCUCAGGAUGUUUGAGAUAGCGCGAGACUUCCUUCACCGCACCACAAACUACCAUGUGGUGGCCGGCCUCAUGUCACCUGUGCACGACAAAUAUGGCAAGGAGGGACUGGUGAAUGCAACAGACCGGGUUCAGAUGUUGCGGUUAGCUCUCAACUCCUCUGCCUGGGUGCACGUCAGUGAGUGGGAAACACACCAAGAUGACUGGACGCCCACUCGUGAAGUUUUGCAGUACCACCAGAGCCUGAUUGAGGGUACCCUAAAGGCCCUAACAAGGCACCCUACGCGUCGAGGAAGGGAGCUGAUAGACUCGAUGGUGAAUGGAAACGUAGACCCAACAGUGAAGAGACAGAGGGUGGAUGGAAGCACAGCCUGGCUCACCCACCUCUCUGGCUCCACUGACGCUGUGACCAUCAAGCUGCUGUGUGGCGCUGACCUCCUCGAGUCCUUCGCUCGGCCCGGUCUGUGGAAGGAUGAGGAUAUCGAGGCGCUGGUGGGCAAGUUCGGCCUGGUGGUCAUCACAAGAGAGGGAAGCAACCCAUACAAGUUCAUUUAUGAGAGUGAUGUCCUGACGAGGCACCAGCGCAACAUCCACAUUGUGACGGAGUGGAUUACCAAUGAAAUCAGCUCCACCAAGGUGCGGAGGGCCCUGCGGCGCGGCGACAGCGUGAAAUACUUGGUGCAGGAUUCCGUCAUUGACUACAUCUACAAGAACGCCCUAUUUGACACGCACAACAAUAAGUAUUUCUAUUCCCCGUUCAUGCUUACCCCGUCCCCUAACCUGGACACAGACGUGCUGCUGCCGCCCCCCAGCUUCACCCUGGGGCAGGGGGGCAGGGGGGUCAGGCGCGGGCGCGCGGCCUGCUGCUGGCCUCGCGCCACCACCCCAUCAGGAAGAGCUCCCUCUUCAGCGACCUGGACGACACCUCGCCCGGCGACUCCGUGGACGACGGCCCCGCGCACGCCCCCGCGCCCGCCCCCACGCACGCCCCGACGGAAGUCCUACCCCGGCGUGGCCGUGCCCGUGGGCGCGCGGCCCCACAAGGAGGUAGGUCAGGAGGGCAAGGAGCGGCGCGGCAAGGCGGCGGAGGCAGAUGCGCUGGACAAGGUGCGCGCCGCGUCCUCCAAGUUUGCGAGCGAGGGCGCGGCGCUCCCCGCCCGCGAGAAGAGCAAGGCGGCCGCCGAGGCGCCCCUCAUGAAUUCCUCCCACAGCCUGGACGAGCUGGAGCUGACCUCCACCCUCACCGUGGACUACCUGCACGACAAGCUGGCCUCCGCCCCCCUCCAGGGGCGCUUCCCCCUGCACCGUCAAGCCCCAGCUGGUCAAGUCUCUGUCCAUGUCCCCGCGCGACGCCUCCAAGGCCCUGCAGGUGGCCUCCACCAAGGCCGCGGCCUGCAGGGCGCUGGCCUCGGGCCCCGGCAAGGCGGCGGCGGCUGGGGGGGCGAGGGCCCCGCGCCGCGCAAGGUGUUCACGUCACAUAGCCGCUCCAAGUCGAGCGGCGCGCUCAAGCCUGAGAAGGCGUACGAGAUGACACAGUCAGCGCGGGACGACAUCUCUCUGGUGCAGCGGGACACCAGCCUGCUGUCGCUGGGCACCUCCAACAUGUAUGAGCUGCUCUCCAAGAAGACCCACGUGUCGCCCAGCCACACUGAGAUGUGCCUGUCCUACAUGCCCAAGAAAGCGGAGCCUGCCCCCGCCUGGGAGCGCUCCCGUGGCCACCGCCACGGCGACCACCUCUUCACCUCGCGCUCGUUGGAGCGUCCCUCCACGCCCAAGCACAACAAGCACCUGUCCUCCAUUCACAAGGUGUCCUCGCUGCCGCUGCAGCAGACGCGCGACCGCUCGCCCAGCCCCGUCAGGAACCAGAACCAGUGGCGGCUGGAACGCCAGUACGCGCAGUUCGCGCGCGACAACACCUGUGAGGUGAAGGACGUGGAGGCAGGCGUGGGUGCGGGCAUGGGCGUGGGUGCGGGCAUGGGCAUGGGCCUGAGCCUGAGCGUGGGUCCCGCGGUAGGCGGCGGCGUGGGCGGCGGGCUGCGGCGCACGCUGACGCACGAGGAGGAGAUCAACCUGAUCAUCUCAGGAGACUCCAAGUUCCUCACCAAGCUCAAGUCGCCGGAGACGUACGCGCCGCCUGACCUGCCCACCGGGGACGGCCUGCUGCUGCCCCAGAAGGAGUACGAGAUGAAGUUUUGACUUGCAGGGCUGCUCGCGGCGGCCUGCGUGCUGGUGCUGGCCCUCUACGGCGCCGCCUACUACUACUGGACCACGCGCCUGCUGCCCGCCAGGCACCGCGCCGCCCACGCCGCCCUCGCCCGCGCCCCGUUGCU